AUGGAUUGUAUUCAGUAUAAACUUCGACUUACACCCAAGGUGCGAGAGUCACGUGAAGAGACCCACAUUGGAGCGCGUCUCAAGACCAUGGCCCAGAAUUUAUCCGCUUUGGAACCGCUUCACGAUUCAUUCCUUUCUCCCCAGCGCAUCAAGAAACAAUCAUGUCGCAGCUUCCUCCGCCUCCUCCCCCAGGAUGGGGGACCUCCUCCUCCUCCUCCUCCUCCGCCCUCUUCUUCGCUGCCUCCUCCUCCUUCAACCCCAGCUCCACCUCCUCCAGGUUUUCGGCCUCCAACAGACACCCAGAUGGCUAAAUUCGCCCAGAAAAAGAACGAAUGGGUGAGGUCGCGCCGAAACCGCUUUGGGGAGAAACGAAAGGGUGGGUUUGUGCAGACCCAAAAGGCUGAUAUGCCUCCCGAACAUCUCCGAAAAAUCGUCAAGGAUAUUGGUGAUGUCUCACAGAAGAGAUUCACAAACGAUAAAAGAAGCUAUUUAGGGGCACUGAAGUUCAUGCCACACGCAGUUCUGAAGCUCCUCGAGAACAUGCCGAUGCCAUGGGAAUCGGCGCGAGAAGUCAAGGUGCUCUAUCAUGUAAACGGAUGCUUGACUUUGGUCAACGAGAUCCCGCGUGUUAUCGAGCCUGUCUUCUUUGCGCAGUGGGCUAUGAUGUGGACAUUUAUGCGCAAAGAAAAGGCCGACAGACGACUAUUCAAGCGCAUGCGAUUCCCACCUUUCGACGACGAAGAGCCUCCCCUGUCGUGGGCCGAAAACUUGGAGGAUGUUGAGCCCCUCGAGCCCAUUCAAAUGGAGUUGGACGAAGAAGAUGACGAGGCCGUAUAUGAAUGGUUCUACGAUCACAGACCCCUUCUGGACACACCGCACGUCAACGGCCCAAGCUACAAGGCCUGGAACCUCACACUACCUCAGAUGGCGACAUUAUUCCGUCUGAGUCGACCACUUGUUUCUGAUGUCGUUGACAAGAACUACUUCUAUCUCUUCGACCUUAAGAGCUUGUUAACAGCCAAGGCUCUCAACGUCGCCCUUCCUGGUGGCCCUCGUUUCGAACCACUGUACAAGGAUAUCGACCCUAACGACGAAGACUUCGGCGAGUUUAAUGCGAUUGAUCGUAUCAUUUUCCGAAACCCCAUUCGAACCGAGUUCAGGGUCGCCUACCCGUACCUCUAUAAUUCACUACCAAGAAGCGUUCAUUUGUCGUGGCACUCACAUCCUCAGGUCGUAUUCAAUCGUGCGGAUGACCCUGAUCUUCCGACGUUCCAUUUCGAUCGUCGCAUCAACCCCAUCUCGUCGCGAACCGUCGCACCCAAGAAUGUGGAGAUUUCCCACGAGGACGAGAUAUUUGGCGCUGGUAACAUUGAGGAGUCCGAAGACGAUGCCUUUGAGCUGCCUGCUGGAGUCGAGCCGUUCCUUGCCGACGAGGAUAUCGAGAAUGAGAACACAUCAUCUGCUGUCGAACUUUGGUGGGCACCUUACCCAUUUGACCGACGAUCUGGACGCAUGGUUCGAGCACAAGAUGUGCCUCUCGUCAAACAGUGGUACCUCGAGCAUCCUCCCUCGGAUCGACCUCCAGUCAAGGUCCGAGUCUCGUACCAGAAACUCCUCAAAAAUUUUGUAUUGAAUGAAUUGCACAAGAAGAAGCCCAAGGCGCAAAACAAGCAGAACUUGAUGCGAUCACUCAAGCAAACUAAGUUCUUCCAACAGACAACCAUCGAUUGGGUCGAGGCUGGUCUGCAGGUUUGUCGCCAGGGUUUCAACAUGCUGAACCUCCUUAUCCACCGCAAGAACCUGACGUAUCUUCACCUCGAUUACAAUUUUAAUUUGAAGCCUGUCAAGACCUUGACUACCAAGGAGCGAAAGAAGUCACGUUUCGGAAACGCUUUCCAUCUCAUGCGAGAGAUCUUGAGACUUACAAAGCUUAUCGUUGAUGCCCAAGUUCAGUAUAGACUUGGAAACAUUGAUGCCUUCCAACUUGCAGAUGGUAUCCUGUACGCCUUCAACCACGUUGGUCAGCUGACGGGCAUGUACCGAUACAAAUAUAAGCUGAUGCAUCAGAUUCGAACCUGCAAGGAUCUGAAGCAUCUCAUUUACUAUCGGUUCAAUUCUGGACCUGUCGGUAAGGGUCCUGGAUGUGGUUUCUGGGCUCCCGCUUGGAGGGUCUGGCUUUUCUUCAUGCGAGGAAUUAUUCCUUUGCUUGAGAGAUGGUUAGGAAACCUUUUGUCUCGUCAAUUUGAGGGUCGCCACAGUAAGGGAGUUGCAAAGACCGUCACCAAGCAGCGUGUGGAGUCUCAUUUCGAUUUGGAGCUCCGCGCGUCCGUUAUGGCUGAUCUUAUGGACAUGAUGCCCGAGGGUAUCAAGCAGAACAAGGUCAAUACCGUGCUUCAGCAUUUGUCCGAGGCCUGGAGAUGUUGGAAGAGUAAUAUCCCCUGGAAGGUUCCAGGCUUGCCUGCACCCAUUGAGAACAUCAUUCUUCGAUACGUCAAAUCCAAGGCCGAUUGGUGGAUCUCAGUUGCCCACUACAACCGUGAGCGUAUUCGACGCGGAGCUACCGUUGAUAAGACUGUCGCCAAGAAGAACGUUGGUCGUUUGACUCGACUUUGGCUCAAGGCUGAGCAAGAACGCCAGCAUAACCACAUGAAGGAUGGCCCUUACGUAUCCUCCGAAGAAGCCAUUGCCAUCUACACAACUACCGUGCAUUGGCUUGAGUCUCGCAAGUUCUCUCCUAUUCCCUUCCCAAGUGUUUCUUAUAAGCACGACACCAAGAUCCUCAUUCUUGCACUUGAGCGCCUCAGGGAGGCAUAUUCAGUUAAGGGCCGUCUCAACCAGAGUCAACGAGAGGAAUUAGCUUUGAUUGAGCAAGCAUAUGAUAGCCCUGGAACCACAUUGGAGCGAAUCAAGCGAUUCUUGCUUACCCAGCGAGCUUUCAAGGAAGUCAACAUCGACAUGAAUGACAACUACAGCACCAUCAACCCUGUCUAUGAUAUUGAGCCUAUCGAGAAGAUUAGCGAUGCUUACCUGGAUCAAUAUCUGUGGUAUCAAGCAGAUCAGCGACACCUUUUCCCUGCCUGGAUCAAGCCAUCAGAUUCCGAGGUCCCGCCUUUGCUUGUUUACAAGUGGGCACAGGGUAUCAACAACCUCGACCGUGUAUGGCAGACUGAGAACGGUGAAUGCAAUGUCAUGAUUGAGACGGAACUAUCCAAGGUUUACGAAAAGAUGGAGCUCACGCUUCUGAACUCUCUUCUCAGACUGAUUAUGGACCACAAUUUGGCGGAUUAUAUCACAGCCAAGAACAAUGUCCAGCUCACCUACAAGGACAUGAACCAUGUCAACAGUUAUGGCAUGAUCCGUGGCUUACAGUUCUCUGCAUUCGUGUUCCAAUUCUAUGGUCUUGUACUGGAUCUUCUGCUUCUGGGUCCUCAGCGAGCCAGCGAGAUUGCUGGACCUCCUCAAAGCCCCAACGACUUCUUGCAAUUCCGCGACCGCGAGACUGAGUCCAGUCAUCCUAUCCGACUCUAUACUCGAUAUAUCGACAAGGUUUGGAUCUUCCUCCGAUUUACUGCUGAGGAGUCUCGAGACCUCAUCCAAAGAUUCCUUACCGAACAACCCGACCCUAACUUUGAGAACGUUAUCGGAUACAAGAGUAAGAAGUGCUGGCCAAGAGAUUCUCGCAUGCGUCUGAUGCGUCAUGAUGUGAACCUCGGACGAGCUGUCUUCUGGGAUAUGAAGAACCGUCUGCCCCGAUCCGUAACAACGAUUGAGUGGGAUGAAAGCUUUGUCAGCGUUUACAGUCGUGAUAACCCGAACUUGCUCUUCUCUAUGUGUGGUUUCGAAGUCCGCAUUCUCCCCAAGAUUCGCAACCAGAAUGAAGAAUUCCCGGUAAAGGACAGUGUGUGGUCCCUCGUCGACAAUACCACAAAGGAGAGGACGGCGCACGCUUUCCUGCAAGUCACCGAAGAGGAUAUUCAAAAGUUCAACAAUCGUAUUCGACAGAUUCUCAUGUCGUCGGGCUCUACAACUUUCACCAAGAUUGCGAACAAGUGGAACACGGCGCUGAUUGCACUCUUUACUUAUUAUCGUGAGGCGGCCGUAUCGACCGUCGACCUGCUUGAUACGAUUGUCAAGUGCGAGACCAAGAUCCAAACUCGAGUCAAGAUUGGUCUGAACUCCAAGAUGCCUUCUCGUUUCCCUCCUGCCGUCUUCUACACCCCCAAGGAGCUUGGUGGUCUUGGUAUGAUUUCGGGCUCACAUAUUCUUAUUCCUGCCAGUGAUAAGCGUUGGUCAAAGCAAACCGACACUGGCGUUACUCAUUACAGGGCAGGAAUGACCCACGAUGAGGAGACCCUCAUCCCGAAUAUUUUCCGAUACAUCAUUCCUUGGGAGGCUGAGUUCAUCGACUCUCAACGUGUCUGGACAGAAUAUUCUCAGAAACGUCUUGAAGCCAAUCAACAGAACCGUCGUCUUACACUCGAGGAUCUCGAAGAUAGUUGGGACCGCGGUCUUCCUCGAAUCAACACCCUGUUCCAAAAGGACCGAAGCACCCUGAGCUUCGAUAAGGGUUUCCGAGCUCGAGCUGAAUUCAAGAUCUAUCAAUUGAUGAAGAAUAAUCCUUUCUGGUGGACUAGUCAACGUCAUGAUGGAAAAUUGUGGAACCUGAACGCUUAUCGUACCGAUGUGAUCCAGGCAUUGGGUGGAGUUGAGACCAUCCUUGAACACACCCUCUUCAAAGCCACUGGGUUCCCUAGCUGGGAAGGUCUUUUUUGGGAGAAGGCCUGUCUUGCGUGGAAUACACGCCUUUUACGUUACGAUCAUUCCGAGGUUUUGGUCCAAGAUGUCAAAGAGGGUGACCUGCUACUCGGCCCCGAUGGAGGUCCACGAAGAGCUUUCAACAUCGUGAACGGUGCAGAACGUCUGUAUCGUAUCAAAUUCGGCCAUGCUAAGGAAGAUCUCGUGGUUACUCCUAACCAUAUCUUGGUCCUUCAUAAAGAACGAGCAGGCAGUAAUGUCUACGAUGGCCCUGCUCCUAUUGAGCACCGUGCACGAAUCGAGGAGCAAAUUAGUGAUUUGCCAGAGCCUAGCUCUGAUCCUGGUGAUCCAAGUCGACCAAAGAAUCUCACUAAACAACGUGAAAGCUUCAUGGACGCCCUCAGGAGUGCCCUGGCCGUGUUACUAAGGGCUGAGCGAAACACACAAGGACAAGGCCGCCUUCGAAAUGCUCUCAAUGGUACGCAAGGUAUUGGAACGUGCCCAGAGUCCUACAGGGUCAGGAUUCCUGGUACUGGGAGUAACUCCGUAUUUCAGGUCUAUGCUUGGGGUAACCCUGAGAAAGUCAUUCGUGGUCAUCCCGAUCAUCCGGUAGUCUUCUGUUCAAGCAAGGAAGAAGCGUUCGCGGCAGCGGUUGCCAAGAGUCGUGAGCUGCACGAUGCAGGAGAAGUCACUCUCAGUAAUCUUCGCCGCCGUUUCCUUGAAAAGUCGUCGAACGGCAAAUAUGGGUAUAUCAAACUCGACAGCAACUUGCCAGGCCUCUACCUGCAUUGGAACAAGAACCGGUCAAACUUGAGGAUACGAGUCUUCUAUAGUGGACCAACCCAGAGGGUUGAACGUUACUUUGCCUUCCCAUCACUACCAGAUGGCGACAGUCUUCGUAUCCAGACUGACUCUGGCCUUGACGACGGCUCCGGUGAAGACGACUCCGGUGAAGAUGACUCCGAAGUGGAUGACCCAACUCUGACAGCUCUGGACGCCCCGGAAAUUUCUGCCAGCCGUCGUUACGAUACCGUAGAGAUGACCGCCGAGGAGUUUGCAGCACUGGAUGCUAAAGAUUGGAGCAAGUACAGACUCUUUAGGUCCCCUGGUUUCGAGUUGCUUGAGCAGCCGGUGCCCAUUGACCCGUACUUUUUAGGACUCUGGCUUGGCGAUGGUUCACGGUCAUCGACCGUAAUAAUGAACAACCAUGAGGCUGAGAUUCGGGACUUCUUGGUUCAGCACGCUGCAGAGAUUGAUCUUCACCUGGUCUGGCAAGGAGGAUUGAGGUACUCAACCGUAGGAACCACCACCGUCAGUGAGCGUCCUCUUCCGGCGUGCACCGUGCCCAAGCCUCUCAACCGCCCUGAGAGACGUCAGACUUGGCGCUCUAUUAUCAAGCAGCGUCUUGCGGCUGGGUGGACGUUCCAAGAAAACCGACUGCCCGGUGAAGCUCGUAUCUGGCAACCACCAAAGCAAGCUUCUAGUGAUGUGCACGAUGCACAGAAACGAGUUACGAGUGUCGUAGACUCUAACGAGACAGACUCCCCGGAUCGACUCUCCGCUCCCGUGUACGAUGCACAGAGACGAGCUAUCAGUGUCGUACCCGAUUCUAACGAGACUGACUCUCAGGAUCGUCUCUCCAGUCCCGUGUACGACGCACAGAAACGAGCUAUGAGUGUCGUACCCGAUUCCCAAGGGACUGACUCUGAGGACCGACUCUCCAGUCCUGUGCACGAAGCACAGAAACGAGCUUUAGAUGUCGUACACGAUUCUCAGGAGACUGACUCUCAGGACAGACUCUCCAGUCCUGUGCACGAUAUCAGUCCCGAGCACGAUGCACAGGACCCCGAGUCUCAGAAGUCUGCUUCGAUGGCCUCCGAUCCACCGCAGCCUAUGUCACAGGAUGCUGGUUCACAGGGCCGUGGCCUACCAGAGUCAGUCAGUCUGAAGCACUUGCUGAGCAGUCCCCUGAGCUCUGCUCCGGUGUCACCUCAACGACGCCGUGUUGGUGAUGUUAUGCCUGACCUUGGUUCAUCAUUUACGUCGUCCCUAGUCUUCCGUGAACGACACUCGCCACCUGCACUGUCGAUUCCCGAGGAUGCUCUGUCCCAACUGAGGUCUGACGAUAAGCUCAUGAGUCUCGUUGGUGAGCCUGCCGUCGACGAAGAAUACGACGACGACGAUGCCGAUAACAUCGACCUCGUUGAAACUACCAGUGAGAGUAUCGAAUUCGAUGACGAAGAUGGCGAGCCCCAAAACCAACAUCAUACUCGCUUGCAGACAGGUGCUCGAGCCUACGGUGAACUAACUCGAGAAGAAGAGGACCGACUUGUUGAAGAGGUAACUAUGCACCGUGCAGGGCCCUCUGGUGUCAACACGCUCCUUGAAGCGCUUCGUAACCUUGAUCUAUAUACCCCGAAGUCAGUCACCGGUCAUGAGCACGAUAAGAAGCAUAUACCCACUGAGUACCUGAAUAACUCACGCUCCGUUCGACUUCGUCUUCUGGCCGGCCUUUUAGACACCGAUGGUUAUUAUAAGCCUGAUGACAACAUUUUCGUAUUCACUCAAAGUGAGCUUUGGCACUCUAGACUAUUCUGGAAUACGGUCGCCCUCGCCCGUUCUCUUGGCUUCACCGUAUGGACUACGAAAACAGAAGUAUGGGUACCGAGGGGUACGCACAAGACUCCUCAACUAAUUGCUAAAAUACGAGGCAACGUCGUAGAGAUCCCGUGUCUUCUCGCGCGUAAGAAGGCUUCGGAGCGUUUCGUACCGCAGAGUCAUAGUUUCGUGAUCAAGGAUAUACGGCUGGAGGAAGAAAGUACGAAAUGGGCUGGUUUCCGAGUUGAUCGUGAUCAACUUUAUCUACGACACGACUACAUCGUACUCCACAACAGUGGCUUUGAAGAAUCGAUGAAAUUCAAGAAAUUGACUAACGCUCAGCGUAGCGGGCUUAAUCAGAUUCCCAACCGUCGCUUCACUUUGUGGUGGUCACCCACCAUCAACCGAGCCAACGUCUAUGUGGGUUUCCAGGUUCAGCUUGAUUUGACGGGCAUUUUCUUGCACGGAAAGAUUCCUACUCUGAAGAUCUCGCUUAUCCAGAUCUUCCGAGCUCAUUUGUGGCAGAAGAUCCACGAGUCUGUUGUUAUGGAUCUUUGCCAGGUAUUCGACCAGGAACUGGAAUCUCUCGGCAUCGAAACAGUUCAGAAAGAGACUAUUCAUCCUCGAAAGUCUUACAAGAUGAACAGUUCAUGUGCCGAUAUCCUUCUUUUCUCUAAUCACAAGUGGAAUGUGACCAGACCUUCACUUCUUUACGAUACCAAGGAUGUUAUUGAACAGACCACUACCAACAAAUUCUGGAUUGAUGUUCAGCUCCGAUAUGGCGAUUACGACUCACACGAUAUUGAACGGUACACACGUGCCAAGUAUCUCGACUAUACGACAGAUAGUGCCAGUAUUUACCCCUCAGCUACUGGUCUCAUGAUUGGUAUUGAUCUUGCCUACAACCUCUACUCUGCUUAUGGCAUGUACUUCCCUGGUCUCAAGGUUCUUGUGCAGCAGGCUAUGGCCAAGAUCAUGAAGGCCAACCCCGCUUUGUACGUUUUGCGCGAGCGUAUUCGAAAGGGUCUACAGCUCUACGCUUCUGAGAGUAACCAGGAGUUCUUGAACUCCCAGAACUACUCGGAGUUGUUUAGCAACCAGACACAGUUGUUUAUCGAUGACACAAACGUCUACCGUGUCACCAUUCACAAGACCUUUGAGGGCAACUUGACAACCAAGCCUAUCAACGGUGCUAUUUUCAUCUUCAACCCAAGGACCGGACAGCUUUUCCUGAAGAUCAUUCACACUAGUGUCUGGGCUGGACAAAAGCGUCUUGGUCAGCUCGCCAAAUGGAAGACAGCCGAAGAAGUCGCUGCUCUGAUCCGAUCAUUGCCUGUGGAAGAACAACCCAAGCAGCUCAUUGUGACAAGAAAGGGUCUUUUGGACCCUCUCGAGGUCCACUUGCUUGACUUCCCCAAUAUUUCUAUUCGGGCUUCAGAGCUUCAGCUUCCCUUCCAGGCAGCUAUGAAGGUGGAGAAGCUUGGAGACAUGAUUCUGCGUGCCACUGAACCUCAGAUGGUGCUUUUCAACCUGUACGACGAGUGGCUGAAGAGUAUUUCAUCUUACACUGCCUUCUCUCGUCUUGUUCUUAUUCUGCGCGCGCUCCACGUCAACCCCGACAAGACCAAGCUCAUCCUCCGACCUGACAAGACUGUCAUUACACAUGAGCACCACAUUUGGCCAUCACUGUCAGAUGAGGAUUGGAUCAAGGUUGAAACGCAGCUUCGAGAUCUUAUCCUGAAUGAUUACGGCAAGAAGAACAAUGUCAAUGUCUCCAGUUUGACAACCAGUGAAGUGCGAGACAUUAUCUUGGGUAUGGAAAUCUCAGCCCCGUCAAUGCAACGUCAACAAGCCGCCGAGAUUGAGAAGCAACAACAAGAGCAGGCACAGUUGACGGCUGUGACGACCAAGACCCAGAAUGUCCAUGGCGAAGAGAUCAUUGUUACUACAACUUCGCAGUUCGAGCAGCAAACGUUUGCCUCCAAGACCGAAUGGCGAACACGAGCUAUUGCUACAUCCAACUUGCGCACACGAGCAAAGAACAUUUACGUCUCGUCGGUCGAUAAUGAUCUUGACGAUAUCACAUACGUCAUGCCAAACAACAUUCUGAAGCGCUUCAUCACCAUUGCUGACCUCAGAGUUCAAGUGGCCGGCUACCUGUACGGUUCCUCAGCCCCCGACAACGACCAGGUCAAGGAGAUCAAGUGUAUUGUCAUGAUCCCCCAGAUUGGCGGCCUCCGCAACGUCCAAUUACCCCAGCAACUUCCUCAGAGCGAGUUCCUCGAAGGAAUGGAGCCUCUGGGUGUGAUCCACACCUUCUCUGGCAGCGAACUACCUUACAUGUCUGCCAUGGAUGUGACAGAACACUCAAAGCUCCUCGAUGCGCAUAAUGAGUGGGACAAGACCAACACGGUCACGGUCUCGGUUGCAUUCACACCUGGCAGUGUAUCUCUAUCGGCGUGGGGCCUUACACCGGCAGGCUACAAGUGGGGAGCUGAGAACAAGGACACACAGAGUGAUCAACCUCAAGGAUUUACUACAACAAUGGGCGAGAAGCGAAAGCUGUUGCUGAGCCCAAGGUUCAGGGGAUUCUUCUUAGUACCGGAUGAUGGCAAGUGGAACUACAGCUUUAUGGGUAACGCGUUUGCUGGAAUGGAGAAGAGGCCUGUCCACGUCAAGCUGGAUACGCCACUCCCGUUCUAUAGCGACCAGCACAGACCAGUGCAUUUCGUUAACUUUGCGGAACUGGAGGAUAUUUGGGUGGACCGAUCGGAUAACUUUGCUUAA